UGUCAUGGAGAAAGAACAUAUCCGAACGCUGCAGCAUACGAACACCACUAUGAGACCAACCAUCGCCAUAUCUGCGAAACCUGUCGGAAGCCGUUCCCUGGAGAGAAGUGGUUGGAGUUGCAUCUUCGUGAGGUGCACGAUGUCAUGAUCAAGAUCAGGCAAGAGCGCGGCGAGAAGACUUACCAGUGCUUUGUCGAAGGAUGCGACCGUGUAUGCUCAACACCGAAAAAGAGACAAAUGCAUUUGAUCGACAAACAUCAAUACCCGAAGCGGUUCAAUUUUUCAAUCAUU